AUGGUGGUGAUCUCGGCCAACCUCAUCCAGGCUGAGCUCACCGCCUACAUCGGUGACUUCUGUGACUCCGACUUCGCCUGGGAGGUGACUGAGACAGCCCCCCUCGUCUUCUCAGUCCCCUUCCGCUCCGCUGAGCUGCUCCGUGUGUGUUCCCACGACUUCAUCCGCUGCCCCAUCAACAAGAUCUUGAUCUCCGUUCAUGCUGCUGAUGUGGAGCCAGACCCGGUGCCUUCCUUGGAGAAGGUGUGGGUCCUUGUCUACGGCUUGCCUCGUGGCGGCAGGGCGGCGCCGCGGGGUGGCAAGCUUGCCCACAUCCUCAAGGCGAUCUCUGAGCAGGUGGGCAAGCUGGUGUCCGCUGACCUGGCCUCCUUCGAGGAUGAUGGCCCUGCCCGCAUUGAGAUUCUCUGUCCCGUGCCGGCAGAGAUUGAUGGUUUGUCCUUGGUACUCUACUUCGGCAACGAAGGAAGGCGCCUCACCUUCGAGCUUGAGUCGCCGGUUCCUCACGAUCUGCUUGGGCCGGCCCCCGAUGGCACUGUGCCUCACCAGGGUGAGGGGCAUGGUGGAGAUGGGGCCUCAUCUGGGGAGAGCUCCUCUAGUGAGGAUUGUGAUGAUGACAUUGAGGUUCCGCCGGAUCCGUCUGUUGGGCGGCGUAGCCCGGUUUCUACUGGUGGAGGCUGCUCCUACCCUGCUGGGACGGCCUCUCAGGUGGCGCCGGGAGGUGGGUCUGUGGUCAUGACAGUCCCUCCCCUUGUCGCAACCCCGGUGGUUGACCUGGAGACCGUGGAGGAGGACGUGGUGACUGUGGGGAUGGAAGUGCGCCCCUCGUUGUCGCCGCACUCACCUGGAUUGGUCUGCUACUCGCGUUCGCCGGGGUCCCCCCCUUCUCCAGCCUUGGGGUCCCCGGACGUGGAGCCGCCUCCGCCCAUGGACAUGGCCAUGGUGACCCCUACUGCGGCUGGUUCCAAGCUUCGGGGCGGGGCUUCUCCGCUGGUGGCUUCUCGUCAAAGUGCGCGGCUUAGCCCGUCCCGGGUCCUUCUGGAUGGCCGUGUCCCGACGAUCCAAGAGAAGGCCACCAUGCGGGUGGCUGCUCGCGACUUGUCCUCAGGAACUCCCCCCAUCCCUUCUGUUCCUUCUGGUUCUGGUUCCCAUUUUUCUGUGCUUGGUUCCGCUCCGUUGUCCCAUCUGGCAGAGGUGGCUACCGAUAGUGGCAUUGUGUUCCGUGGCGAGAAAGGGCACAUCCUUGAGGAGAUCUCGGCUAUCUGCGCCAAGGAGCGGCUUGAUGGGGCGUUGGCUGAAGCCCGUGCUCGUGUUGCGUGUGGGGAGCCUAGCACCCCGUCGCACACUGACCCAGGUCAUAGAGAGACCAGGGAUGGUGCGGCGCCGCCUUUGGAGACCGUGUUGGAGACGCCCUCGGCUGUUCCUCCCCCGGUGAGGGAGCUGCGUGGGCGUCCCCCAAUCGUCUCAACCCCACUGAACAUCGACUGGAGGGGCUUCGGCCUCACUGGCCGGAGGCGUCAACUCAUCAAGUAUUUGUGUCAGGAGGAGAUUGACAUUGUGGGACUGCAGGAGAUGAUUCGCCAGGACUUUAGUAUGCAUGAGCUCCAGGGGCUUUCCCGCCAUCAGUUUGCCUGGCAGUGGUUGCCUGCUACGGGGCAAUCUUGGGGCAUUUUGCUUGGAGUCCGGGAGGAUGCUUUCUCGGUUGAGGAUAUGGACCGAGGGGAAUUCUUCCUGAGCGUGUCUGUCACUGACAGACGAGUCCACUUCAGUUGGGAGGUGAUUUUCGUCUAUGGUCCUGCGGAUCAUGCUCGCUCUGCCGACUUCCUCGCCGAGCUUAAAAACAAGGUGGAGAGGUGCACCACUCCAGUGGUGGUGGCCGGGGACUUCAACCUCAUUAGGUGGGCUUCUGAUAAAAGCUCGCCUAAUGUUGAUCGGGUCUGCAUGUGUCUAUUUAACGGCUGCAUUGCGGACCUUGCGCUCCGUGAGAUAGCCCGCGUAGGGGCUAGGUUUACGUGGAUGAAUAAGCAGGAGGACCCCAUCCGGAGUGUUUAA